AUGAAAAGCUACAAGCUUGUCUACAAGCCCGAGCACGGGGAAAAGAGGUUUCUGUUUACAAAUGUCGACAUGAAGGACCUAUCCUCGCCUGUUGUGAUUUCCCGGGAGAAGCCUGUGCAGGAAGAGGUUGUAUUCAACACAAAGAAGAAGAGCGAGCAGGUUGAGUAUGAGGAUGAGGAGUACAAGAAGCUGAAGGAGAAGGAGGGGUGUCUUCUGGUGCUUGAAGACGCAGAGAACAGGGCAUACUCUGGUAAGAUGCAGGAUCUGGGUGCGAGUAGCUCAUGCUACUUUGUGUUUAUCAAUACAGGGACGUGUCUGAAGGUUGUUCCUGUCCGGAAGUGGUACAGGUUCAGCCAGAGAUCCCAGCUGGACAUUAUCCAGGGGUAUGAUGGAGAGGGUGCUGGAGACGAAAAUGGCGGGGGAGAUGCAGAGGGGACAUCGUCCGAGGAAAGGGAGGAGAUUGACUUUGACGACGACUUUGACGACGACGACGGGGAGGAGACAAACGUCUUUGUUGUGCGCGAGAAGAGGCUCAACAGUGCAGGGCGGCGGAUGAGGAACAUCAUGGAGAGCUAUGAAGAGAAGGAAGAAAGCGAGAGCUCUGAAGAGGCAGGAGAGAGGGACACAAAGGAUGCCGAAAAGGCAAGCAGGGUUCUCACGAAGGAUGCUCUCAGGAACAUGUUCAGGGGCGGCCGGAUUGCACUGCGAGAUCUUCUCCGAGGAAUAAAGGCGCGGUUUGGCCUCAAUGAGGAGGAGAAGGAGCUUGUGAAAGAGUUUAUUGGGGAGAACUGCACGUUCGAGACCGACGGGGGGAGCAAGGAAAGGUAUCUUGUUCUGAAGAAAUAG